GAAUUAUAAGGUUGAGAAAUAGCAUUAAGAAACCAGUUUGUUACAAACAUUUGUUGAGAGUGCACGCUUUGAGUGUUGUUUUUUAUCGAGAAAAUAAUGGGUUCUGCAACAAUCCUGCUGUCUGUCCUGGCCGUGGUGCUGAUGGUGUCCUACACCGAAGCUGCCGGAAACUGCCCGCUACCAUCGAAGGUGUACGGUUGCAGCCCCAAGUGCGUCCAGGACUACGAGUGCAGCCACGGCAAGGUGUGCUGCUCCAACUCCUGCAACGCCAAGUCUUGUACUGAACCCGCUGCUAAUGGCGCUGGGUCUAGCAGCUCCAGCAAAUACCAGACUGGUGGAGCUGGGCAGUACUGCGACAACGUGAAGUGUAACUCUUUCGAAGUUUGCAAGAUGGACCCUUCCACUAAGCGUCUGAAGUGCAGCAGACCUUAAGACUGUGUAUAUGUUUAUGUAAAUCUACAAAAGU